AUGGCAAUUACCGACAGCAUUUUCGCACGGACUGGUGACUUGGGACCACAAAAUGAUGCUGAUGGAGAUGAUUCGUCCGACUCAAUGGAGUGGGAGUCGUCGCCCUCACCCUCCAUGGACUCGGGUACACAUUUGGAAGAGUCUACAAUGGCUGACAUUUUGAUGGAUAUUGACGAGCCUGAACCCGAGAUCGUGAGCGGCCUCGUAUCUCGGUCAGCCGUUGAGAAUAAUUGCGCUUCCAUAGACUUCAGUAUCCCAUCUGCCGUCGGCUUUCCGAUCCGCCUCGACACCCCCCAUCUCUGGACAACCCCAGACCUCCGUUCCAGUCGAGACUUUAUGGUAGCUCAGCUUGGUGAGUGUGAAAAUCUUCUCUUGGCUAAAUGUGAGCUUCGGGUCGUCACUAACAUCCUUCAUGACGUGCAGCACCGGCUAUCUCAGUACGCUCUUGCUAUUCACAGAGCUACAGUGGAGCAAUCCUUCAUCACAAGAGCUUGCUCCUGGUCACGGUGGGGAGCAAUCAACAAUGCCAUUGAAAUGAGGGCCGCUCUUUUUGAGCAGGGCAACCACCAAACCUCGGCACAUUUCCUCCGCAUGGUACGUAUUUCCCUGGGACGACUCAUCGUUGAAGUCACCUCGUGUCCUCAGCAAGAAGAGACUGACACGAUUGCCAUCGAUUUCGAGGUUAUGGCUCGCAUGGAGUCCACGUACUGGAGACUUCGUCAGCACGACCUGGAUGUCAUGAUGCGGAUGGUUCUCCCCCUUUCGAGCCCCCUGAGCAAUCUGCUCGGCUCGAUGAGCUGUAUAGCAUUUGGUGUCGACUGA